GGGCUCAGGGCGCCUGGAGGGCGCGGGCCGGGCCGCUGAGGCCAUGCCGGAUUCCUCUCGGUGGUGGUGGAGGUCCCUCAGGCCUGUCUGGGUACCUCGUGUCAGGAAGGAUGGAAGGCUGCCCUGCGGCGGCCCCUCCAUCAGGCAGGGUCUCUAGCUUAACCACUGCUUGCUGUAGCAUCCUUGCCUUGUGUAACACAGGGUAGCCAUACCUAGUCUUUCAGGAAAGCGCAGUCAUAUUCCCAUUUGGUAGGGCCUGAGGCUUGACAUGACUACGGUGAUCUUGGCAAAGCCAGUGCUUGCCACAGCUUCUCUCCUCUGCAGCAGGGUUGGACCCCCGGCACAGGUUCUGCCCCUGGGCCCUUGCUCCAGUCACGGAGCUCAGUCUCCUGUUUGGUGCAAGGCCAAGAGAGCUGCAGUGAUCCAGCAGCCUCUCCAUGUCGCUGCUGGGAAAAAAAUGCUGUCUCUCAGUAACUGGGUUUCAUCAUGAGUUUAUAUUUUCCAGUCUCCCUGUAGUUAAUAUCUGUAGCCCUUUCUGGCACUGGAAAGGUGUCUGCUUUUUUCGCCUGUGUCUCAAGACAACUCUUUUUGUUAUCUUGGGCCAAAUAUAUUUUGUAAGGUGUGAUUACCACUUUUUGCCCAUGCAGAAAAGUUGCUUUCUAAUUAGUGUUAAUCUGGUGGUGUGUAAUAGUGGACUUGGAAGGGGAACUCUCUGACACUCAUGUGGGCUGUGCAUGUGGGUAUGUUAUGUAGAGGUUAUGGGCUUAGUUGCUGAGGGUGGAGUUCCUGUGUGGUUAUAAGGAGAUUGAAUUUCCCCAGUAAUACACUCAAAACUAUCUGAGAUUACUCUAUGAAACGUGAAUGCUAGCUGCUAAAAGUACCUGUUGUGUGUUUAUAUUUGCAGUUGAAACUUACUUCUUUAGUCAUAUUUACUGCAUUCUGUCGAUAAGUAUGACUAAAGAAGUCAUCAACGAUGAAACAAAUGAUGAACGAUGAAUCAGAGAUGAAACAAAAUAAAUUGUUGAAUUUUCUGUUUGUGAAGUGUUAAAAGUGCAUGUGUCAAAAGCCUUCUAAGGAGCAGUGGUUAUAAGUACUGUGUUCUAUACACAGGGGAUGAUACUAGAUAGGUGUUUACAGAUAGUUUAGGAAAAUCUUUUAAGUGUGGAUUAACAUUUACAGGAUGGUGUGCAGAAGAUACUCUUCCAUCAUUGGAAUGUAGGCCAUAGGAAGUCGUAAGUGCCUCUUAGAGGCAAACGGACAGUAUCCGACAAGAAGAGGACUCUGAACUAUGGGAACGAAGAUUUGCAGAAGAGAUCUGAUUCAGACACAGGCUUCUGAAUUUGGCACAAGAAGGACAACAUCAAAUGAAAGCAAUGAACCCUGUGAAAAGAAGACCAAGGAACGACAAAUUACUCUAGAAGACAUCUGUAAUCCACUCCAGACUCAGGAUAAAAAACCUCAGAAGUGUGAAAAGCCCCGUAUAUGUUUGCAAACUCUAGACAGACUGAGAGAAUUCUGCAGUGAUUCGGACCACCAAUGUAACAGAGUCCAGGAGGAUAGUUUUCAGAAGAAAGAAUCUCUAAGUUUGGAAAAAUGUCCCAGUAUUAUUGGAAAAAGUUCAGAACUGAAAAACCCUCUUCAGUCUUGGGACACUAGCCCAAAGGUUUCUCAGAAGGAGGAGUUACGCUGUGACCUUAGUCAGUUCUCUGCAUCUUUUAAGUCUUAUGAAAAUACUCAGAAUACUUCAGAUACAAAUCUUAAUAAGAGAACCAAAAGCAUUUACACUCCACUAGAACUUCAGUUCCUAGAAAUGAAGAAACAGCAUAAAGAUGCUGUUUUAUGCGUGGAAUGUGGCUACAAAUAUCGCUUCUUUGGAGAAGAUGCAGAGAUUGCAGCUAAAGAACUGAACAUUUAUUGUCAUCAGGAUCAUAACUUUAUGACUGCCAGUAUACCGAGUCACAGGCUGUUUGUCCACGUGCGGAGACUUGUAGCAAAAGGAUAUAAGGUUGGAGUAAUAAAACAAAUGGAAACUGCAGCACUGAAGGCUGCUGGAGAAAAUAAAAGCUCUCUCUUCAGCCGGAAACUGACUGCUCUCUACACAAAGUCUACGCUUAUUGGAGAAGAUGUGAACCCUUUGCUGAAGCUAGAUGAUUCUCUAGAUGUUGAAGAUGUAACAACAGAUGUCCCUGAUAACUACCUCCUCUGUAUCUGUGAAAAUGGAGAAAACUUGAAAGGCCGAAAGAAAGGUGACAUUGUCAUAGGCAUCAUGGCAGUCCAACCAACUACUGGAGAAGUGAUUUUUGACAGUUUUCGGGACUGUGCAUCUCGCUCAGAAUUAGAGAGCCGGGUUUUGCGCCUGCAGCCAGUUGAAAUAAUACUUCCAUCUAGCUUAUCAGAUCAAUCUGAAAAGCUCAUCAACAGUAUAACCUCCAUGAGGUUACGGGAUGACAGAAUUAGGAUAGAAAAGAUGGAAAACCUCCAUUUUGAAUACAGCCAUGCUUUCCAGCUGAUCACUGAUUUUUACACAAAAGAAGUGCCUGAUACUACAGGUCCUCAAAAACUAUCUGUAAUACUAAGCUUGGAUAAGCCUGUUAUUUGCUCUCUGGCAGCAGUAGUUACAUACCUCAAAGAAUUUAAUUUGGAAAAGAUGCUUUACAAUCCAAGCAAUUUCAAACAGUUGUCAAGUGAAACUGAAUACAUGACAAUUAAUGGGACAACAAUGAAAAAUCUUGAAAUUAUACAGAAUCAGACUGAUAUGAAAACAAAAGGAAGCCUACUCUGGGUCUUGGAUCAUACUAAAACUUCCUUUGGGCGUCGAAGAUUGAAGAAAUGGGUAACGCAGCCUCUCAUGAAAUGCAGUGAAAUCAAUGCCCGGCUUGAUGCUGUGUCUGAAAUUCUGCUGUCAGAAUCCAGUGUGUUUGGUCAGAUUCGAAAUCUUCUUUGUAAGCUGCCAGAUAUAGAAAGAGGCCUCUGCAGUGUUUUUCACAAAAAGUGUUCAACCCAAGAGUUCUUCUUGAUAGUCAGCACCCUGGCUCGUCUGGACUUGGAGGUUCAAGCUCUUGUUCCAGUCAUACAUUCUCAUGUGAAAACUUCUCUAUUACAAAAUUCACUGUUGGAAAUCCCAGAACUUCUCUCCCCAGUAAAACAUUAUUUAAAGAUCCUUAAUGAAGAAGCAGCCAAGACUGGAGAUAAAACCCAAUUGUUCAAGGACCUUACAGACUUCCCUGUCAUCAGAAAGAAAAAAGAGGAGAUUCUGGAUGUGCUUUCUAAAAUCCAACUGCAUCUGCUGGACAUUCGUAAACAGAUCAAGAACCCUUCUGCAGAGUAUGUUACAGUUUCUGGUCAAGAGUUCUUGGUAGAAGUCAAGAAUUCCCAUAAAUCAUCUGUGCCAUCUGACUGGGUUAUGGUUAGUAGUACAAAAGCUGUCAGCCGUUUCCACUCUCCUUUUAUUAUAGAAAAUUACAGACAUCUGAAUCAGCUCCGGGAGCAGCUAGUCCUUGACUGUAGUGCUGAAUGGCUACGAUUUUUAGACCAUUUCAGUGAACAUUAUCACCGUGUGUCUAAAGCGAUUGGUCACUUAGCAACUGUUGACUGCCUGUUCUCAUUGGCCCAGGUGGCUAAACAAGGAGACUACUGCAGACCAACUGUGCAAGAUAACCAGCGAGAAAUAAUUAUAAAAAACGGGAGGCACCCUGUGAUUGAUGCAUUGCUGGGAGAACAGGAUCAGUAUGUUCCAAAUACCACUAACCUCUCAGGAAAUGGUGAAAGGGUCAUGAUAAUAACUGGACCCAACAUGGGAGGAAAGAGCUCCUAUAUAAAGCAAGUUGCAUUGAUCACAGUCAUGGCACAGAUUGGUUCUUAUGUUCCCGCAGAGGAGGCAACAAUUGGUGUUGUGGAUGGUAUUUUUACCAGAAUGGGUGCAGCAGACAACAUUUACAAAGGCCGAAGUACCUUUAUGGAAGAACUGACAGAUACUGCUGAGAUAAUAAGAAAAGCAACUUCAAGAUCACUAGUAAUUUUGGAUGAAUUGGGAAGAGGAACUAGCACACAUGAUGGAAUUGCUAUUGCUUAUGCUACACUUGAACAUUUUAUUAGAGAUGUGGAAUCACUGACACUGUUCGUCACUCACUAUCCAUCAGUUUGUGAGCUGGAGAAGGUGUAUCCAGACAAAGUUGGCAAUUACCAUAUGGCUUUCCUGGUGAAUGAGGAGGAAAGUGCUGAACAAAAAGGAUCUGAAGAUGAAGAAAGUCCUGAAUUUAUCACUUUUCUGUAUCAAAUAACAAAAGGAGUCUCUGCAAGGAGUUAUGGGCUAAAUGUUGCCAAACUGGCAGAUAUUCCUGAAGAAAUCUUGAAGAAAGCAGCUCACAAAUCAAAGGAGUUGGAGGGGAUAGUGAAUAUGAAAAGAAAAAAGCUGAAGUCCUUUGCUGAAGUAUGGAAGAUAAAUGAUUCUCAGGAACUACAAAAAUGGAGAAGUAUGUAUAAACCUGAAGAUGACAGAAAGGACAGUUUUUAAUCUUCGAAUCAUGCUUAAAGAUGGAAAAUAUUGCAAAUGCAAAAUGUAGGUCUGGAGACUAUAAAAGAUGCUAUCAGGGUGUAGUUCUAGGUGCAUUAAUUUGACUUUUCUGCCUUUUGAGAGAUAGGAGAUGCUGUGUCGUGAUAUGAUGCCCCACAUCUUCCUGAUCGUAUGCAAUUUUCUCACUCCACAUUCCUUCCCUGAAGUGUUUUCCACACUUUUCCUUAAUUGCAAGAUGUUUACUGGCAUUGGAAUUAGUUUCUAAUAUGUUUAGAAAACAUGAAAAAUUAUGUUGAUAAAUUAUUAGGUGGAUCUUUUAUAAAUAAAAUAAUGUCUUUUAACUUUAUUGUACUUCAGUUUCUAAAGAAAUACUCCUCUGCAUUGGGAAAAUGUAGCUGAGUCUUGACUGUGCUAUAUACAUCUGUGCACUUACUAAGAAUGAAUACCAUAAAGAAACUUUGUGUUCUAGUAUUAACAAAUUUAAAAUUUACAGUUCUGUAGAGCACCCUGAAAUCUUACAUGUGCAGUGAAUUUAAGAAAGCGUGUGGUAUGUGGCUGGAUUAGAAGAGGGUUUUCUCUACUGAUGAGAUUAAUGGUGAUGCAACUAGUAGUUUUGAAAGCAACAGCACAAAACAUGCAUUUGACUGUGUUUUGUUUUCCCUCUUCUUCACUUCUAUGCAUGCCUGCUUCCUUUUCAGCUUUAGCUUUCCUGCUGAUCUUGGUCGUCUCUGGCACAGUCUGGAGAAAGACUUCCUCUAAAUAAUGUUGGAGUAUUGUAAGAUGAGGUGAAAGAGGCAAUUCAAACUAUGCAACUGGCAUCCCCAGUGCUCUGUCAAAUGCAGAGUAAAGAUGGGAAAAAAGA